AAAUUGGAUGUUAUUCCUUUGGUACAAACAUUUGGCCACAUGGAAUUUGCAUUAAAAUAUUCAGAUUGGAGUAAAUUAAGAGAGGUCUCCAAUAGUCCUCAAGCACUUUGUCCUAGUAGAAACGGAUCACUUGAACUUAUUAAGCAAAUUAUUCAACAGGUCAUGGCCCUUCAUCCGAAAGCAAAGUAUCUCCACAUAGGCUGCGAUGAGGUGUACCAUAUGGGCGAGUGUGAGAUUUGCAGAUUAGAACUGCGUGAGAACUUAUUUUUGCGUCACGUUCGCAAUGUCGCCGCGAUUAUUCACGAAAAGUUCCCUAGUCUUCGGUUGAUAAUUUGGGAUGAUAUGUUAAGACAUAUAAGUCAACAAAGCAUGCAAGAGAUCUCUUGCAUGCUUUGUUGA